UUUUGUAGGUGUCGUCGAGUUGUUUUUAAUAGUUUCUUGUCUGUUCUAGAAUGAAGAGGUGGAACAGGGAUUGAGAAAGUGUAGAACGAUGUUGAAAAUUCUUGGUGCCGUAUGGCUCCUUGCACUAUCCUGGCAUCAUGCUCAUUCUUUUAGAGCCGUGUUUCCCACACCUCAGCAACCGGACGUGGACAAGGAUUUGCAAUAUGACUAUGAGUGGAAAACGAAAUAUAUCGAACAAAAGAUUGAUCACUUUGGAUUCGCUGAGGAUGGUUCCUAUGAGCAGCGCUACCUUAUCAACUUAGAUCAUUUCCAAGCCGGUUCUCCCAUCUUCUUUUAUACGGGCAAUGAAGGAGAUAUUGAACUGUUCGCUGCUAACACAGGGUUCAUGUGGGAGCUGGCUGAAGAGUUUCAUGCUGCUGUAGUGUUUGCUGAACAUCGUUACUAUGGUCAAUCUAUGCCUUGUGGUGCUCAGUCUUAUUCGACUCCAGAGAAGUUGAACUAUUUUACAAGUGAACAGGCUCUGGCAGAUUAUGCUGUUCUGGGUGAACGUUUGAAGGAAGAGUUGUCAUCUACGAAGCUGAUUGCUUUUGGUGGAUCAUACGGUGGUAUGCUGACAGCCUGGUUUCGUAUGAAGUAUCCCCAUGUUGUUGAUGGUGGCUUGGCUGCGUCUGCUCCUAUCUUCCAAGGAGAUACGUUGUGCUCAGCUUUCAGUGAAGUCGUUACGAAAGAUUUUAGUGAAGUCAGCCUUGGAUGUUCGCAUGGUAUCCGGGACAUAUUUCAGAGACUUCCUCAUAUCCUAAGUAGUGUUGGUUCAGAUGCUUUUGCUGAGAAGAUAAAGCUUUGCAAUUCAUCCAUGGCCAAGGACUUCUCUGAUUGGUUACAAGGCAUCUUGGCUUACAUGGCUAUGGUGAACUACCCCUACCCUGCUAGUUUCUUGGAGCCUCUUCCCGCUUGGCCAGUAACGGAAGCGUGCAGAUUUCUGAACAAAACAGCCUACACCGAUGAAGAGCUUCUGACUGCCAUGGCAGAACUGAGUAAUUUCUACCAGAACUACGCCCAUGAAGUGCAGUGCAUCAACACAUCUAGCUUUGCGUACAAGGGACUGGGAAACACUGGCUGGAACUACCAGUCAUGUACAGAAAUGGUAUUCCCUUCUUGCAACAAUCCUGCCACAGACUUUUUCCCACCAGCUAAGUGGAACUUUAGUUCCUUUGCCAAGUCCUGCCAGAAGCAAUUCCAUGGCACAUUACCUCGCGAGCACUGGUUGACAACCCAGUACGGAGGUCGCUCUUCUGCUAAACUAUUCUCCGGUCACAGUAACAUCAUAUUCAGUAAUGGCAAACUCGAUCCCUGGUCUUCAGGAGGAGUGCUAGAGACGACUAAUCCAGAGAUUUCAGUGAUACUGAUCGCCGAAGGUGCUCAUCAUUUAGAUCUGCGAAGGUCUAAUCCACGUGAUCCAGCAUCUGUUAUCCAGGCCAGAGCUCAAGAGAAAGCUAUUAUUGCACGCUGGGUAGGAAAGGCACCAGUAGAAGCAGAAGGAACACGCUGGUUAAGGAAGACGGUGCAUGAACCUGUGUCGGAAGAGUGGCUUACGUCCAGAUAAUCUGCUGAGACUAUCCCUUCUUUGCAAGGUAUUAUUUACGCAUUGCUCCCUGCUCAGUGCCGUCAACACAGUAUACGUCACCAUACUCAUUGCUCCCUGCAGUCAUCAGUCAGCAUCCACUGCAGUCAGCAGCCAGCAGUCAGCAUCCACUGCAGUCUGCGCUCUGGGCUGCUACAAAACAUCUUGUAGAGUGGGACUAUAGAUUAUGCCUCGAGUAUGUUUACUUGCACAGUUGACAUUCCGUGCUGCCACAUCCACCGCCCCCAGUCUGCUAGUUGUCGCAUAACUGCGUUGUGCACAGCUGCUAUGACUAACCGUUAAUAGCAGUUGUCGGCUGAUGUGGCUUAUCGUCUAGUCACAAUGGAGUCAGUACCGUUGCCUGCAGUUUCAGGGGCAUCUUUGCUUUCGUUUUAGUGUCAUCUUCCUGUACUUCCCGUUAGCUUUCGUCAUACUUGCACUUGGAUUAGGCUACGCCGCAGUGACUUAGUCCAGCAGUCUACUUCUCCUAGUCAUUUAGGUCAUGUGAGUUUGUCAUUGUGAAUACUUUAGGUCAUGUGAGUUAGUCAUUGUGAAUACUUGUGUUAUUUGAAUAUA